UGAGGGAGAGCUGCUGCCUCCAUGGUGAUGUGUUAUUACUCAGCUGUUGUGGCCACGCCCCCCUGCUCCCUCCCUCUGCUCUACUUAUAGCUGCAGCCUUAAAACAAGAGCAGAAAGCUGAGAAACUCACUCAGACGCUCAUUCACAUCCACCGGGACGACAAAGCCACAGGAAGAGGAAACAGAGAGGAUACUGAGGGAGAUUUACAGAGGAGAGGAGAAUAAUUCAGUGGUGUUCUCCUGAUAUCUGACUCUGCUCCCACAGCAACAGCCUCCAUCCACAGAGAAUAGAGAGAGACUCACCUGAUCUCCUGCCACAGGUAGAACAAUCUGCAGCAACAAUGGGGUGCUUUGGAUUCCUCAAAUUUAUGAUGGUUGUGUUCAACGGUGUCAUCUUUUUGGCGGGCGCUGCCAUCCUGGGCGUUGGGAUCUGGGUGAAGGUGGACAGCGGCUCCAUCUUCAGCUUCAUCGGGAAGAUUGACAACGCUCCAGACGAGCUGAGCCAGGUGCUCAACGUGGGCUACCUGCUGAUCGCUCUGGGAGCCAUCCUGCUGGUCAUCGGCUUCCUGGGCUGCUGCGGAGCCGUCAGAGAGAGCCGCUGCAUGCUGCUGCUGUUCUUCAUCAUCGUCCUGCUGGUCUUCAUCGCCCAGGUAGCCGGAGCCGUGGUGAUCUUAGUGUUCAGACCGCUGGCAGACGAGUUGAUUGCCAAGUUUGGCACAGCUGCAGUAAAAAACAUCAAGAAGGACUUUGGGAGUAAUCCAGACAUCACAGGACUGUGGAACACCACCAUGACCACAUUAAAAUGUUGUGGAUUCUACAACUCAUCAGACUUUGAGGACUCUCCGUAUUAUAAGGACCAUGACAAGAUGUUCCCUGCUCAGUGCUGUCCCGCCUCUGAUAACCCAUGUAACCAGACGGUCGCUACCGGUGUCACGUCGAUCCCCGGAUGUUUCCCAAAGAUCAAGCAGCUGAUUGAUGACAACAUGGUGGUUAUUGUUGGAGUGGCCCUGGGGAUAGCAGCUCUGGAGAUAUGUGCCAUGAUUGUCUCCAUGAUCCUUUUCACCAAAAUAAAAUCAAGGGAGGCAUAACUGCAGGUGACGAAAGCCUUCGCAGAAUCAUUUUAAUCACUGGAGUGUUUUUACUGCCAUAUCUCCUCCAGAGGGAGGCCACGCCUUUAUCCUGCAGAAACGCCUAAUCAUUACGACACUUCAUGUCCCAUCUCGUGCAAUCAGACUCACUGAAUGACAUAACAAAUCUAUUUUACUACAUUUAAAUCUAUUUAAUAGACGCCGCAAAUGAAUGUACAUGAUCUAUUUCUUAAGAAGACUAGACUUUAUAAAACAGGCUACACACACUGCCUCCUGCACCAAAUAUUAUUAUAAAUAUUAUUAUAAAUAUUAUUAUAAAUGUUAUUAUAAAUGUUAUUAUUAAUGUUCAUCAUUGCUCCCGUCUGUAACACGGCCAGUUAAUGAGGAAUCACAUGAUGCUGUGAUCAUUGUGGUAAUGAAACUAAGCUGCCAUGUUGGACUCGGGGAGCACUAUUAUUAUUAUUAUUAUUAUUAUUAUUAUUAUAUAUAUUAUAUUAUUAUAUUGUGAAUGUUGUUGCCAUGAUGCAGCUUGGAAAAUAGCAACAGAAAUGCAUUAUUUGUAUGUAUGUUGUAUAGUGAUCGAUUUUGAAAUAAACUUCAAAGUAUU